AAAAACAGUAUUAGUCAGAAUGGUAAAAUAGAUAAUUAAAUAAGUAAACAAGAUAUAAUAAUACAUAUCUGAUGUGUCUCAUAUAUGUUUAGCUAAAAAACAUGUUUUGUGUAUCUGGGUGUGGAAAAAAAACAAGUAGCAGAGGACUAGAUCUGUGUUUUUUUUAAUAUUUUGUCGACCAAACGAUUUAUCGAGAAAAUACACCACCAAUUAAUCGGUAAUGAGCAUAAUCGUUUUCCCUUGUAAAAAAAAAAGUUGAAAUAUUUUUUUAAAUGUGUGCGGUUAAAUUCAGCUUGUGUUUGAGAGUUUUGGUUAAAAAAUUGUCUUUAAUUUUAAACGUAUUAUAGAGCUGAUUAGAUCCUGGUCGGCCAGCUCUGUUUGUUUCCUCUGGCUUUGUGCUGCGCAUGAGAUGUUUUCAGUGAGCUCGUCCCUCCCUUUGGCAGGCUGCUGUUUCCCACAAUAACAUUUUAACGUGUCCGGUGUGUGUCUGAGUGUUCUCCGUCUGCACCGCAGAGGCAGACAGCUGAUGAUGAGCCUCUGGGGGAUAUUUAAAGCUCUGGGAAAGCGGAAGCAUGGCCUGCUCUGUGUUAUCAGCUGAGAGCUGCUGCUAGCUAGCACAGCGCUCUGUUAGCAUAUUAGCUAGCGAGUGGAGCCGCAUUUUGACUAGUUAAUUCACACGUACAACUGAAAAUGAAGCGAAGGGGAAACAGGAGGUUGUUGUGGCGGUAACGCCUGCCGAUGUGACACAUCUUUAAGGAGACGACACGGGAAACUAACCGUUCCCAACCUGUGGACAGUAGAGUUUGUGCUUCCCACUCCCCACAUCAAUCUUCACCUCUGACCCUCUACACCCUCACCUCCACCUCUACGGCCAGCGCCUGGCCUCUGUAACCAUGACGACAGGUGGGUGUUGCCACCUGCCUGGCUCUCUGUGUGACUGUGCAAGCACCACUGGCCUGUGGAAGAGCGUCGAGGAAGGAGGUGGUGAGGGGUGCCAGGCGCUCUACGUCACCCAGGUUACAGCCAUAGACGGACGGUUGCUUUCCUCUGUGCUCAAACCAAUGAGUACGCAAAGUGAUGGUCCCAUCUGUCGUAUUUGCCACGAAGGAGGCAACAGCGAGGGUCUCCUGUCUCCAUGCGACUGCACGGGCACCCUGGGCACGGUCCACAAGAGCUGCUUGGAGAAGUGGCUGUCAUCUUCCAACACCAGCUACUGUGAGCUCUGCCACACGGAGUUCAGCAUCGAGCGCCGACCGAGGCCUCUCACAGAGGUAACAAAGUGGCUGCGGGACCCCGGCCCUCGUAAUGAGAAAAGGACACUGUUCUGUGACAUGGUGUGCUUCCUGUUUAUCACGCCCCUAGCAGCCAUUUCAGGCUGGCUGUGCCUGAGAGGUGCUCAGGACCAUCUUCAGCUGGGGAGCUGGCUGCAGGCUGUGGGCCUCAUCGCCCUCACCAUCGCACUCUUCACCAUCUAUGUCCUGUGGACCCUGGUAUCUUUCCGCUACCACUGUCAGCUGUACUCUGAGUGGAGAAGAACAAACCAGAAAGUACGUCUGCUCAUUCCUGAAGCCAAGGAGUCUAACUCUUCCCAGCAUUCCUUGCUCUCCACCAAACUGAUGAAGAAGUCUGCCAAUGAGAGUAUAGUAUGAGACCAAACGGAGACAGCUGAUGAUAAUGGUGUCUUUUCUGUGUGGCGGCUGAUUGUCGCCUGCCAGCUAGCCUUUAAAGAAGCACUUGUGGGCUUUUUUUUUUUUUGUUGCUUUCUACAAAAAAAAAGUCUUUGCCCCAUCGGUACUUAACUCACAUCACUUUUUAAAACAGAAGCCUAAAAGAGCACAUUUAAAUGGGUGUUGACCAAGUUUAUGCAAAGGCACUGAAGAGCGUGACAGAUGUGGAGAAGACAUUGCCCGAGACAUGGAACAGUCUCAAAAGUCAUGGAUACGAUGAUCAUGUUUAAUCACAGUGACAGUAGUAAAAGAAACGACCAAACGAACUUGUUCAGUGGAUUGUGAAAUGUUUUAAGUAUUGUUCUGCUUGGAUUCAACAACCCAUCGAUGGUCCACAUGUGACUGCAGAGCACAGGAGGUCCAGUCAUUGUCGUGCAGCAAUGAUGAAAGUGUAAACCGCUAGAAACAUGUCAUAUGUGGGCGUGCCCUUAUCUACAUAGGCCUUGCAUUCUCUGCACAGUGUUGCCCAUCGAGGAGCUCUUUGACGCGAUUAUUGUGUGACCCUGUGUUAAUCUGUAAAGGAAAAAAAAGCUUUGAUUUAUUCACCCGAAGCUUUUAGUUUUCGCACAAGCCUAUUGGACUUCUUUCAAGGUUUUUUUUUUUUUUUUUUUUUUUUUUUAAAUCCUACAUCUGUUUUUACAUUUCAUCCAAGAAUGGAUGGCAGCAUAGCGUUCGUAAAGCCAGAGAUUGUGCAAUAAAACACUGUGGACAUGGAGGACUUCACAGUACAUGAAGAGACCUCUCCCAACAUGCACAGUUAUGCAUGCAAGCACUGUUAAUAAAAAAUUAGGGGGGGGGAUUUUUUUAAAAUUUUUAUUUUGUAGUGUUAGCGUAUUGUAAAAUCCUUUUGUGGUUUAAAAAAAAAAAGUUUCUUAAACCACUAAACAGAAUCAGUAUUCCUACUGCAGUAGGGUUUAACAGCGUCCUCAUAGAGGUUCUUAUAUUAUCAGCACUUAGCAAGUAGGUCUUGUAUAGAUCGAUAGAAAACUCCAUGAAAAUGGCUCUCAGAGGAUCCAAGAGUCUGUUGGGUGGCUGAUGCAGUGUACUAAAGCAUCCUUUUAACUGCCUGUUAAAGUACUUAAUUAUUGCUAUUUUUGUUCUGUGUAUUUUAUUUUAUUUUAUUCAAUUAGUUUCCGUAAGUAACACCAAAUAUCAGGGAAACUUCCUGCAAGCAAUCACCAUUGUAGUCAUGAUCAAACAUCAUCGAUAAAAGCAACUUCUGUGCUGGUGUUCAGUGCUUCUGCCAGUCUAACAUGAAGUUUACUCACCAACAACGACUUUAAUGGUGGGUGUAUUAUGCAAGCACCACUUCUUUUUUGUUGUUGUUUUUUUUACUUUAAGGAAGCCACUAAACGCUUGUGUGCUUUUUUUCUAAGUCCAUUUGAUGGUUGUCGGUGUUUUCAGGGUGUAAACUUGCCCUCAUCAUGUUUUGAUGUUACUGACCAGACAUUUUUGGGUCUGUAUUGGUUGUUUGAGAGAGUAAAGAAAAUCCACUUCUCUCUUGUGUACAUAGUUUGGUGCAGUUUAUAAUCAAGUCACGUUGAGUGGCCCUUCAGAGAACUCAAAACGCAGUAGCUGCCUGGUUUCCAGAUUUAUGGGGUCAUAGCAUUGAGAUUUUAACAGUUUACUUCAUUCCACUUCAGUUAGGUUGUAGAAGGACGGUUAAUUGACGUGAACACACUGCGGUCUGACUGUGGCUGCAAGGAACGUCAUAGGCUGAAACAUGUUGGCCUAACGCUUGUCGUUUUGGAGUGUUGAAGGUGUUAAAGAAGGUUUAACCUAAAAUCAACAAUACAUGUUUUUCCUCUUACCCGUAGUGCUAUUUAUCAGUCGAGAUUGUUUUGGUGUGAGUUGCUGAGUGUUGAGAUAUCAGCCGUAGAGAUGUCUGACUCUCUUCAGUAUAAU